CACAGUUCAGGAGCUGAGUCCACAUACAACCUGUGUCAACAACAUCUGCUGGGCCAAGUCCUCGCAGUUUUGCUACUUCUGGAGCUGCAGCCUGUUACAGAAACUAUGAGUGGGAACUCAAAGUACAGCCUUACAGACAAUGGAGUUGUAACUCUAUACAACAGGGAGCUGAAGAAUGCUGUGACUGUGCAGGUAAUAUUUCUAGCAACCACUGAGCUGACUUGCUACAUCAGAGUAUCAGAUGGGAAGCACCUGUCCCCUGUCAUCUUGCUCUUCAGGAAACAUUUUAAUCCCACAUUUGGUGUUGGUGCCAUCAUUUCAAUAAAAGAGGCGCAAAUUUUGUUACUGGAGGAGAAUACAGUAAGACAGUAUCACCUUGAGGAUGAAGGAAUGCAUCGUGUCUUCAUUAGGAGUUAUGCCCUGCUGGAGUCUCAUGCAACUAUUUUUGGUCCCUUGGAUAUUACUGGCACCUAUCGAGAUGCCAUCAAUCAUGUCUAUCACAUUUUGAAAAAAAUUGACCCAAAAAUUGAUCAACAAAUAAAAUGGGAUCCCAAAAGGUGCAAGGAUUUACAGUCAGAAGGAGAAAUCAUGAGGGAAAAUGGAAAUCAGUUCUUCAAGCAUCAGGAAUACAUUCAGGCUGUUUCUCAUUAUGAUAUCGCUAAGAAGAAAGACCCUUUUGACUAUAGAGUUUGGUCCAAUUGCAGCCAAGCUCUGUUUAAGUUGGAGGAGUAUGAAGAAGCUGAACAUGAUGCAUUAAUAGCCAUUAAAAUGAAUCCAUUUGCUGAAAAGGCCUACUAUCGAGCAGGACAGGCUGCCUUUAAGCAGUCCAACAGUGUAGCGGCAGGAAUAUAUGCACAGAACGGGCUGAUGUUAUGUGGCAAGAGUAAGGACCUACAACAACUUUUCGAGGAAGCCUUUUCAUUGAAUGCAGAUGGUACUAAUGUGAGAAUAAAACCUUUCCCACUAAAUUCCCUGGGCAACAUGGAGAACAUACCAGCUCUUAUCAGUGCAGUAUGCAGGUCAUCAAAAUAUUUUACUCCCUAUGGUUCUUCCAAAUGUAUCUUUGAAAGGUCUCUUGCCAUCGGUAAAAAAUCUAAAGGGAGAGAUGGCAGGUUUAUAGGGCAGGGUAUGGAGCCAAUAAAGGAAUUUGGUGUAAAUUUUGAUAAUGAAGAUCCAACCAAGGAACAAAAAAAAGAAAGGAAGAAAAAUAAAAUAAAAAAUUUUAAGCUUCCACAAGGGGAAAAUAUUAGAGAACAAGAGGAAAAGAAAAUUAAAGGAGAAAAAAGAAAAGAAAAGGAAGAGGACCGGAAGAAAGUGGAAUUCAAAAGAGAUGAAGAAAGAAUCCUGAUGCCCAGAAAUGUAUUCCAUGAAACAUUACGAGAAGGACGGAGAUUUUACGAUAUUGGGCAGUACCGGCAAGCCAUAGAAGCUUACAGUAGAAGUUUAGUUUAUUGUUGCCCGGACGGUGACACAAACUCUGUUGUUAAUGAAGGUAAGGAGAGGGUAAAUGUACAAGUGAUCCAGUACGUGGUAGGCACAUGCAAGAUUCAGUCUGGCCGAGGGUAUAUCCUGGAUGGAAUGGAGAUUAUGAAGGCAUUAUCUGAGGAUGACAGUAACUUCUCAAGUAAACCUGCUGCACAUUACUGGCUUGGUAUUGGCUAUGAAAAAAUAUUUUUAUAUAAGAUGGCCCACUAUCAUGCUUGGGCAUGUAGAGAGGCUUUAAAAGCACAAAAAGAUUUAGAACCUAUCAAGUGGCCCGGAAGCGAUGACAUUAUCGUAGAGACCGUCCCAGAUACAUUACGGGUUGAGUAUGAGGUGAUAAUUGCCAGAGUGAAAAUGUACCAGCCUCCUGAAGAUGAAGCCUUAAAUGUUUGGCAGUCUCUCCCUGUUGAGCGUGCCUUUGUAAAACGACUUGACAACAUCCCAUUGUUUUAUGACAAACACAAGUUUUUUGAGAGGAUUAUUUACCUUCAUAUCAAUAAAUCCAGUCGGGAUAUCUAUGGUAGUUUAGCAAGAGGAGACAUCAACAACGGCAUCAAGGAUAGCAGCAAAGAGCUUAUUGGCCGAGCAGCUUCCAUAAGGCCUACACCCAAAGCCAAGUGCCGUUUUAAAGACUGCAUAAACAUUCAAGGUCACAAUUACGCAAAGGAAGAAAUCUACCUUACUGAUCCAGACUUCAAGGGAUUUUUGGAUGUAAUCUGUGAGGAGUUUUGUAACAUUAGCUACCAUCCAUGUUGCUGGAAGGCCCACAAGGAAAGGUUUGAGGAGGGGAUUGGACGAAAAUCUGAUAAAGAUUUCAUAGGUUUAGACUGUAUAACCCCAGACUGCACCGGCAAAAUUUGUAGCAUCCGAAUUUACGAUGAGACAGGACGACUCAAGAAUGAACUCGUAAAAGAUAAGAAGGAAAGGAGAAAUGGAGCCGUAGUGUUGAAACCGAAGAAGAAAAAGGACAAAAAGAAAGAGAAGACACAACCAACAAAAGGUGGUGAAGCAAGAGAAAAGAAGAAAUCCAAGAGUGAAAGCAUCUCUGAGGAUGUACCCACUACUCAAGAGGCAUCUACAAGGCCUGAAGUAAACCCUGAUAAAGCCACCACCACCAACAGCAGCAAUGUGAACUCUGACAAGGAAAGGUCAUCAGUACCAGUGCCUUCCAAUUUGCCGAUUGAUCCAGAAAGUUUAGACAGUUCAGCCGUUAUCAUACUGAAGCCAACGGCUGGAGAAGAAGACGUAUCUCUUACCAAACCUCCAAAGAAAAAUAAAAAGAAAAACAAAAAGAAUAAAACACCAGCUCAACCAGAUCUUAUUGGGGACCCAUUAGAGACUGACCAGAGUGUACAAAAUGAGUACCUGUCUCGAUUACGAGCUCUCAGACAACAGAGAGAGGCCUUGGAAGGAGACAUGAGCACCCCACGAAAAGCCACCAGCUUGAACCUCAGCGCGGUAUCAAAUGACGAUAUUCGGAAAUGGAUAGAUCCAAACAAACCUUUUUACAUGCCCCGGCACCUGAGAGACAACCCACAACAACUGGAAUCCAUCUUACAGACCAAAAUGAAGACCACUACCUCUACAGAUCUCUCAAAGGAGAGUAUUAAUACACUUUUAGACUUUAUGUAUGAUUGGUUGAAGUCAGAAGGUCCAAUGUCCAUCAUUGAUCCACGUCUGAGACAGUACGUUUCAGAGAAUUUCCCCCCGGAGGCUCGUAAUUAUGUUCUUCAGUGUGGAGGAAUUAAGGAGCUCCUCAUGCAGUCUAUUCAAUUUGCCAUGAUUGAUAACCUCAUCUGUGUCAGGGAUCACGUAGUCAAGACUCAAGAUAUGGCCUGCUCUGAAAUCAAGGAGCGGAUGAUCAACCCUCGAUAUCUUAUCAGCGAUGGCCGUAAAGCAAAAAAGUUCACUCACCUACUGGAUGACACCAAGAGCUCAUGUUCAUCUGCCUCCUCAACCUCUCAGCUGGGGGGGUCUGGGAUAUCUCAUGUCUCAAGAGGUACCUCAGACUCCACACCCUCUGUCUCCAAAGUGUCUAAUGGAGAAGUUAACCAACCGAAGAUGAACAAACCUCCUCUCAUAAAAUCAGGAGGUGGCUUAGAGGAGCUCGACACAUUUGAGUUACCAGAGUCUCUGUGUCUCAAUCCCUCGGCACCAGAGUUUGAGCCUCGCAUUAAUGAGAUGUCUGAUGAGGAGGAGGAGGGAAAUAACUUAAACUUGGAAAAUGGAAGUCAAGGUACUUCAAAUUGGUCUGCACCUACAAGUGAGGAAACUCUCCAAGGUGAUGUGAUAAAAGUAAAUGAAAAAGACAAGAAAGACUGGGGUACCGGAAUGGAGUUGGGAGAUUCAACCAGUGUCAAUAAUUGUGCCGAUGAGCUCUUCCAGUCUGAUGACGAACAGCAAGAAGAAGAGGAGGAAGAUGAUGAUGAUGAUGAUGAUGAGGAACAGAGGGAGGUUGAUAAUGAUGAUACAACAGUAGAUCCCCACCAGUUUGAGAAGUAUCUGCAGGAGGAAGUUGAAAAGUUGAGGCAGGAUCUCUUCAGACAAGAGGAUGAGAACCAGUCACUGAAUGAUAGACUAUGUCAGGUCAAGUCCCAGAACAAAAGUGAGAUAAAUAAACUGAAGGAACAGCUGGAGGAACUCAAGAAGGACAAUAUGAAACUUGAAAUAGAGAAGCAGAACUUGGUAACAUACAGAGAGACAGAGCUAAGGAAGUACAAGUCAGAAAUGGCUCGCAUGCAAGAGGAAGUCAAGACUUUUCAGACUCGAAAUCAGUCGCUUGAGCUGAAGUGCGAACGUUCCAAUGAUCGAUUUAAUGAACUUCAAGCAAAAUUGAGUGAAGAACAGGAAGUGAAUAUGCAACUGAGGGAGGAAAUGAAGAACCUCCAAGAAUCACUCACCAGCAGUUCCCGGCGGGCACAUGAGGCUGAAGUCAAGUACAUGUGUACCAAGAAAGAUCUUGUGGAGGAUCAUCUCAACAGAGUAAUUGCCCAACUAGGCGAAGAAGCCCAACACAUGCGUCGUCUGUUGCCCCACGCAGCGGAUGACACAAUCCCAGACCGUACUGCUCUGCUACGCUCCAUUGUAGCCUGGGAUGAAACAAUCAAGAACCUUAGUGAUCAAAAGAGAUUAUUCAUGGAUGAAGGUGCGAGACUCCUAGGAAUGGUAAAUCAGGGACGUCCUCUCAAUGCACUGCCCCCAGGGGACCUCCCCAUACCUGUUAUACCUACGAUCAGUAUAACACCUUUACUGAGCCUUGGCCAGAAGAAUAUAGUCAAGCCCGCCCCACCUGUUAACAUUCCGGAGAACAGCCAAAUUCCGGCAAGGCAUGUCAGCUCCUCUCCUCAUACACCACUGCAACCUCCCCCUUGUGUAGACCCACCACCACCAACAGGGAUGUCACUCAUGUACCCUCCCCCUGGUCUGGACAAUCCUAUGUUUAUGCAUAAUGGUGCCACUGCUGCUGCUUUCAAUAGUGGAGCCAUACCAAAAACAAGUGUUAGUCAACCAUCCACUACUCCUGAAACUCCAAAUAACACAAAGUGGCCAGACACUCACCAGUUGCUCAUGGGACAACCUACGUGGGAAUACAAUGAAGGAGAUGCCAAGCCAAUAAUAGUUGGUAAUCAUGCACUCAAUGUACAAGCAAAGGAAAGUAAAAAACCAAGCAAACCAACAAGCCUAGCAGUUGGAAAUGUGACUGGUGCCAUAGCUGAUCCAGGAGUAGGCAGUAGUUCCUCUGCUUAUGGACUAAGUGACAUCUCCUUAAAUGCCAAUGCUGAGGCCAGCAUGUCAACUGCUAACACACUGCCCACACCAACACUACACCAACCUAGCACACAGACUGUAACCAAACCUAAAUUCCAGAAUCUGACCAGCACAAGCUCUGUUGGAGCUAUUGGCACCCUGCCUCCGAAGUUAGUCCGUCCUCAGCCCAGACAGGCUUCAAACUCCAAGUUGGGAAAGCAAACUACAGCAGCCAAAGAAGAUUGUGUUGCAAGCACAACAUCUUACAAGAAACUUAUCGAGGUGUGCAAACAACGGGUUGGGAAGGACUUUUCAUCACCCGAUAUAUGUUCUGCUCUCCGUGAGGUCCGCAUCCAGAAUAAUAACAGCCUGUCUGGCAUCACCACGGAAGCAAUUGUGGAACGCGUGAGGAAUCAGCUACGCUCUCGCCGCCCUGGUUCUGGUCAGGCUACAGUGGCUCCGUGGGCAGGACUCACCCAAGGUUCAGGAAAAAAUGCCUCUGGGCCUGAUUGGCAGGGACCUGUUACUGAAGAUGGUGUGAAAGUUGAGGAGUCAUGUUCCAUAUGUUUGGAAGCUCUCAAUGCUAGUCCUACUGUACCACUCCAGUGUCAACACGUGUUCCAUGAAAAGUGCAUCAAAGAUUGGCUGAAACGACAGUCUAACUGCCCAAACUGCCGUACAUUUGCCCUCAUGACCGACGAGUAUCCAUCUCUCACUCAUGCUUAAGAAACAGUGAGAAGAAACUGAAAUAUCACUGAUCUAAUCCUUCAGGAUUAUGUGUCAUAUUUAUCAGUUUUUACCUUCUCUGCAAUAUGUGCCUUGCAUGGAAAUGACAUAUAGGAAAUAAAGUUUUUCUACCACAAUGAUUAAACAUAUAUAAUUUAUCUUUGAGUUCAGUUCUAUACAGUAUACAUAACCAUGCGAGGUCAUUUUUCCAGAAAAAUAAAAUUUUGUUUUUAUGAAUGCUGUUCAUUUGGCAUGUGAAGUAUGUGUGUUUCAUAGGCAGACAGUGACAGAUGGACUGGUAAUGAUGUGAGAAUUGUUUAUUUGGUCUUUAAAGUAAAAUUUACAAUUACUGGAUGUUAAUAAUUAUAAUGUGCCUUAGCAAAACAUAAGCAGAACAUGCAAUAUAUUUUUCUAUUACUGUACUGUAUUACUCAUAAUAGUAUUGUUUAGUUUUACAAGUACAAUCAAAUUACAUAUUAAUUAUAAGGAAGUACUGUUUUAGUGAAGAAAUAAACCAUUAUUAUUU